AUUAGAAAGAGAAGAGGAAGAAGGAGCGUCAGGCCUGUCUACUGUGUCAGAAAAACUGAUUAGUUAUUAAUGACCCUGAUGAAAUCAUGAUGGUCCGACUACAGGAGCUCUUCACACCGGGAUUGGCUCUGAGAGGAGGCGCGAACACGCUGCAGGUUACCCGCAGGAUGAGCCUCUAAACGCGGCUUCAGUCUCAUCGAAGAGCCGCUGAUGACGCACAUGUUUUCAGGUCCAAGUGUGUAAGCUGAGUCAAGAGCAUCAGAACCAUGGAAGCCCGGCUUCCUGAAACGUCUCUGUGUGAGGAACAUGAUCCAAGCCGGGACCCUGCUGAACACGAACUGAGCUGCGUGUCCUUGAAGAGUGACAUGUCAAAGGAUCAUUUCUAUGACUUUAAAAGGAAAGAGAAGACCAGUGAGAGAGUGGACGCUGCUGAACGUGAACCCAGCUGUCUGUCCUGCAGGAGUGCACAGUCCAUGGAUGCAGGUCUACAAUUUAAAGAAAAAUGCUCGUCAAGAGUAGGGCUCAAAGAGAAAGUGGAAGCAGCUGAAUAUGAACCUAGCUGUCUGUCCUGCAGGAGUGCAGCAUCCAUGGAUGCAGGUCUACAGUUUAAAAGACAGUGUUCGUCAGAAUUGGGGAUUAUUAAGAGACUGGACUCUGCUCAGCCUAAACUCAGAAGUAGGAGUGCACAGCUGCUGGGUUCACAUCAAGGAGUCAAAGGGCAAUGUCUCCAAAGAACGGCACCUAAAAGGAGACCAAAACCUGAACCUAGCUGUUUGUCGUUGAAGAGUGACCAGUCCAAGGAACACUUUUACGACUUCAGACAAAAAUGUUCACCCAACAAAAACAUAAGUAAAAGAUCUAACAGAAGACCAGACUCUGCUAAACUUAAACCCAGCUGUUUGUCCUUAAAGAGUGACAAGUCGAAGGAACACUUUCAAGACUUCAGCCGGCGACAUUUAACCAACCAAUACAUCAGGAUAAAGUCUGAAAAGGACAAGCAGCAGAGUUCAGAGAUCCUCAGUGGUCAAUCUGCCCAGCAUCAUCAAAAAGACCUGGACUCCAUAUUUGAGCACCUGGAGGAGAACAUUGUUAAUUAUGUAAAGAAUGAGCUGGAAAAGAUCAGAAGACUUCUGAAUUCAGAUUCUCAUAAACAAAUGAAAAAUUUGGUAGAGGACGAGAAGGAAUUAAAUGAUGAAGAAGCCGAGCAGCUGAAGAGCUGCAAAGAGGGCUUUCUAAAGAUGGUAGUUGGCUUUUUGAGAAGAAUGAAGCAAGAUGACCUGGCUGACUGUCUGCAGAGCAGUAAUGUUGUUCCAGUUCACCAGCACAAACUGAAAUGUAGCUUGAAGAAGAAGUUCCAGUGUGUGUUUGAGGGGAUUGUUAAAGCAGGAACCCAAACGCUUCUGAAUGAGAUCUACACUGAGCUCUACAUCACGGAGGGAGGGACUGGAGAGGUCAAUGAUGAACACGAGGUCAAAUGGAUUGAAAACGCAUCCAGAAAACCAGACAGACCAGAAACAACCAUCAGACAAGAAGAUAUCUUUAAAGCCGUAGCUAGAAGUGAUAGACCAGUCAGAACAGUGAUGACGAAGGGCGUGGCUGGCAUUGGAAAAACAGUCCUGACACAGAAGUUCACUCUGGAUUGGGCUGAAGACAAAGCCAACAAAGACAUCCAGUUCACAUUUCCAUUCACUUUCAGGGAGCUGAACGUGAUGAGAGAGAAGAAGUUCAGCUUGGUGGAGCUCAUUCAUCAUUUCUUUGGUGAAACCAAAGAAGCAGGAAUCUGCAGAUUUGAAGACUUCCAGGUGGUGUUCAUCUUUGAUGGUCUGGAUGAGUGUCGACUUCCUCUGGACUUCCACAACAAUGAGAGCCUGGCUGAAUCCACCAGGCCUGCCUCAGUGGAUGUGCUGCUGACAAACCUCAUCAAGGGGAAACUGCUUCCAAGGGCCAAUCUCUGGAUAACCACAAGACCUGCAGCAGCCAAUCAGAUCCCUCCUGAAUGUGUGGACAUGGUGACAGAGGUCCGAGGGUUCACUGACCCUCAGAAGGAGGAGUACUUCAGGAAACGAUUCAAAGAUAAGGAACAGGCCAACAAAAUCAUCUCCCACAUCAAGACAUCCAGAAGCCUCCACAUCAUGUGCCACAUCCCAGUCUUCUGCUGGAUCACUGCUACAGUUCUGGAGGAUGUGUUGAAGACUAAAGAGGAAGGAGAGCUCCCCAAGACCCUGACUGAGAUGUACAUCCACUUCCUGGUGGUUCAGUCCAAACGGAGGAACAUCAAGUACGAUGGAGGGGCUGAAAUUGAUCCUCACUGGAAUCCAGAGAGCAGGAAGAUGAUUGAGUCUUUGGGGAGACUGGCUUUUGAGCAGCUGCAGAAGGGAAACCUGAUCUUCUAUGAAUCAGACCUGACUGAGUGCAGUAUUGAUAUCAAAGAAGCCUCAGUGUACUCAGGAGUAUUCACACAGGUCUUUAAAGAGGAGCAUGGACUAUAUCAGGAAAAGGUGUUCUGCUUCAUCCAUCUGAGUGUUCAGGAGUUUCUGGCCGCUGUUCAUGCCCGUCUGACAUUCACUAACUCUGGAGUCAAUCUGAUGGCAGAUGAACCGUCAACCUCCCAAUCAUCUGAAACAGGAACUGAUGUCACCGUAGAGGCACAGUUCUACCAAACCGCUGUGGACAAGGCCUUACAGAGUCCAAAUGGACACCUGGACUUGUUCCUCCGCUUCCUCUUGGGUCUUUCACUGAAAACCAACCAGAAUCUACUGCGAGGUCUGGUGAGACAGACCGAGAGUAGCUCACAGACCAAUCAAGAUACAAUAGCCUACAUCAAGGAGAAGAUUGAAGAGAUUGUUUCUAUCGAGAAAAGCAUCAACCUGUUCCACUGUCUGAAUGAACUGAAAGAUCGUUCCCUGGUGGAGCAGAUCCGCCAGUCCCUGAGAUCAGGAAGUCUUUCCACGGAUAAACUCUCUCCUGCUCAGUGGUCGGCUCUGGUCUUCAUCUUGCUGUCAUCAGAAGAAGAUCUGGAUGAAUUUGACCUGAAGAAAUACUCAGCUUCAGAGGACGCUCUUCUGAAGCUGCUUCCUGUUGUUAAGGCCUCCAAGAAAGCUGUGCUGAGUGGAUGCAGUCUUUCAGAAAGAAGCUGUGAAGCUUUGUCCUCUGUUCUCACAAACCAGUCCUCCAAUCUGAGAGAAUUGAACCUCAGCAACAACGACCUUGGAGACUCGGGAGUGGAGUUGCUAUGUGCCGGACUCCAGAGUGAACAGUGUACACUGGAAGCUUUAAGGUUAUCAGGCUGUCUGAUCACAGAGAAAGGCUGUUCUUCUCUGUCUGAAGCUCUGAAGUCCAACCCCUCCCAUCUUAGAGAGCUAGACCUGAGCUACAACCAUCCUGGAGACUCUGGAGUAAAGUUGCUGUCUGCUGGACUUGACGAUCCACUCUGGAAACUGGACACUCUGAAGGUGGUUCCUUUGGGAGUCCAGUGGUUGACACCCGGUCUUAGAAAGUAUUCAUGUGAACUCUCUCUUGACCCAAACACGGUGUACAAAAACAUCAAACUGUCUAACAACAACAGGACAGUGACAUACGUGGAUGAGGACCAGUUACAUCCUGAUCACCCAGACAGGUUCGACCGCUGUCCCCAGCUGCUGUGCACCGAUGGUUUGACUGGUCGCUGUUACUGGGAAGCUGAAUGGAAGGGGAGAGUUUCUGUAUCAGUGACUUACAGAGAGAUUGGCCGGAAAGGAGACAGUGAAAACUGCGUUUUUGGGGAGAAUGAGCUCUCCUGGAGACUGAUCUGCUCUGAUGGUGGGCGUUACUACGUCUGGCACAAUAACAAAAGAACGUCUAUCUUCUCGUUGCCUUCCCCCUCUGACCCUCACAGAGUCGCAGUUUUUGUCGACUAUCCCGCCGGCACGCUGUCGUUUUACAGAGUUUCAUGUGACGCUCUGAUCCACCUCCACACGUUCAACACAACAUUCACUGAACCAGUUUACCCCGGGUUUGGGUUUGGGUUCCUGGCUGGUUCCUCGGUGUCUUUGUUCUCUCCUGAAAAGUGAGGUCUUCAUCAAGACAAGCGUACUGCUGAACAAUGAAGUUUGUGCACGAUCACAUUUCAGUUUAUCAGUGUUUUUGUACUCACAACCACAAGAAAGAAGUAAGACUGAACUGAAAAGAUUCUCUACACGGCCCCGUGACUACAAGCUUGUGCAAUAAGCAAAAUAUAAGAAAAUCUUACAAACACAUCCAAAGAAAAUGGACGAAGUUUACAAAGACGUCUACUGUCUUUAAUUCAACAAUGACUUUGUAGGAAACAUCACAGACUUACUGAAAGAAUUUGCCAUUUACAUUACAAACUCUAUUUUAAAACUGGGGUUGAUACCUCUUGUAAAACCAGGAAGAGUAAGCUACAUCUCAAAAUUAUCCAACCAGAAAAAUGUGAAUCCCCAAUCCCCAAAGGUCCUGUUUUCAGAGCACUCCAAGGUCACUAAAGCCGUCUCAUAGUAUUUCCAUGUCCCUUGAAUGUGAUCCUUACCAAACCUUAAACUACUGGUUCUCUCUCCUCAAAUGACAGCAAAUCUCUGAUGUCACUUCUCAUAGUUGAGUCUGUUUUUUUUUUUUGCGGCAUAGUUCUUCCCACCAGAGAUACAUAGAAAGAAAUAUUUUACAAGACAUCAGGCGUCCUGAAGAUCCAGUUUUCUUCAGUUAUCAAACUCUGCUGAUGUGAAGUUUCAUUUAAGUAUCACUAUGCGGCAGUGUCCAGUCACUAAGUGAUGGAGUGUGAAGACUCAAGAAGACUGGGACCAGCCUUCAAUUCUCUGUCUUUGGCAGUUCAAGAAAUUUGGGACGGUCCUCAAAAUGGCAGGUCGAAAACUUUUCCCGGUUCGACAAAGGACCGAGGGAGAUAGUUAAGAGACUUGAGACACACCAAUGGAAUCUGGCUAUUUUGUUUGGCUUUGAAAGGUUAAUAGCAGCUGCCUUUCACAGAUUGUCUCGGUCCAUGUAUCCCAAAAAGGUAUAGUGGACAGAGGAGACCGGGACAACUAAGCAAGCUAGCAAGACGUCAGUCUGGCAAGAAGCCUGGUCUUCAUUCCAGGUUUUAAGAAACAUUUAUGUAUAAAAUAGAUGCCUUAAUGAGGGGAAGGGGCUGCUUUCCAACAAGGACUUGAAGCGGUUUAAGCUUUUCCUUAGAAGGUUGAACCACGAGUUGGAUAAUGAUGCACAAGCAGUAUUAAGAGACUAGACUUUGCAAUGUGAUGGGAUGAUAUGUCCUUGGAGACAAGCCAUGAAGGACAAUAAUUGAAGGGUCCCAUUGUGUUUUUUGGCAUUGCGGCCCAUCUGCUUUGUCAUCAAGCACAUUCCCAGAGAGACCAAGAGCAUAGCACGUUGGUUUGUUUUGAGGUACCUACACUGAUUUUCUAAAGUGCUGUCAUAUUGGUUUGAUUAAUUUUAUUCUCUUUAUGUAAUUAAUGUGCAGAAUAUUAUUUUUUAACCUUUUCACUUUCUUACAGUGUUUCCUGUGGUAAUCUGUUUAAAAAGCAAGUCCUUUGAUGUUUCUUUUUUACAGUGUAUGUCUUGUUUGAUGACUUGCUUAUUUUGACACUGUGAUGUUAAGUUGUAAUUCCUUACUGUGAACACCUGAGGGCAGUAGACGUCUGUAAACUCAGUAUGAUAGGAGUGACUGCUAAAGUAAACCUAAAAAGUUUCAAAAAGAGGUUGAGUGACUUCUCAGAGGCUUCUAGUGGUCAGAAGUAGUCAGUGCAGCUCUGUGCAAGACUUCAUGUUGAAGCAAAUUUACUGAUUAGCAAGUAUGGGCACGAGUACUGACGAUAAAGACAUGAGCACUAUUAUGUAUUUAAUUAUCCCAGUGACACCUGAUGGACCAGUCAAAGUGAAAUAGUGUCAUAGUGACACUCUGUGACCACUGGAGGGCACAAAAAACACUGAUUACUGCUCUGUUGCUUGGGAUAAACACAAGUAUUAGUGUAUUAUUUUGUGUUCAUCUUUUACUUGUGAAGAUUGGUGCUAAAAGAAGAUAUAUGUGUACUCGGGCACGGUUGCUCUAGAUGUGAAUAGAUCAUCCUUAAUAACUGGGUACUCAUCUGCAAGUAGAGCAGUAAAGUCAAUCCUAAAAGUCUCCUGUUGAUUUGAAAACAUACCCAUGCUGCACGGGCCCAUUUCAUCCUCUGGGCUGCACGGUAGAUGUGGAGGUAGGAAGAGGGUCGUUGCUGCCGUCUCAAAAAUUAUAAAAACAUCCAUAAUAGCAGGAUGGAUUCCAAUGUCCAGUGUGAAAGACUGCCAUAGUUGCUGCUUCCACUUUCUUCUGUGUAUUUUCAAACCAAGUACAUGUAUAUCACAACCUACUGUGUCAGACUGUGUGCAUGGGCACUGGAAGCAAGUGUUAUUAUGAGUUGUGGUUAUCAUCUCAGCUCCUUUAAGAAUAUGAAGAAUAAGUGUUUGUAUUGAAAACUUCCCUGUCUGUUUUUGUGUUUUAAAGUGGUCAAUAAAUAAUUAAAAAAUUA